ACUGUCAUUAUUCAUACAACUGAGUUAUUCUCCAAUAUUUUUCAUUUAUUUGUCGAGAGUUCUUCUUGAUAUUAUUUUCGAAUUCGCUCAUAAUUGAGUUUUUCCGUCAGAAACACAAUUGAUUCAUCGAUGAUCAACAUAAAACUGCCGAAAAUAGAGAAGAGAAGGGAAAAAACGAAAAAUGUAAGCUUGGAGAGCAGAGAUAUGGUUUCUGCCAAACUUUUCAAGGGUUCAACAUACGAUCCUUUGAGAAUGAUUCACCGCACCACGGAUUCCUGCGACAAAGUUGUCCUCCCAAAGAUGAACGAUAGAAUGAAUAUCAUAAAAAAGACCGCACAACACACCAAAGAUGAAACUUUCAGGUGUUCUGCAGCUCUCGAGGACCGUCGUGGAAAAUACCUUCGUGAACGCUGCCAUCUGGAUGAAGAAUGGGAGAUGCUGGAGAAGAAGGAGCACGCACUUAAAACGAACAUGAUCAUUUUCAAUAAAUUCCUGAAAGAAAAUCUUGUCAAAAGAGAAAGGUUCGAAGAGAACAUCAGUCAUCAUCGGAGAGUGGGGGGUAAAUACGACGAAGAGAUCGAAUUGAUCAGGGAAAAGAUCUCUGUUUUGAGGAAGAUCAAGAAACUGAUGAAGCAGCAAAUCAAGAAGCAUUCGAUCUACAACGACUUCCUGGAAACUGUCGUUUCGAGAAAGGGUGAAUACAACUGCGUAUCAUCCCUCAUCAACAGGUUCGCGCUGUUGUUCGAAACGUUAGAAGAAGCGGCGCAGAAAUUCCAGUCGAAAAAGAAGCAACUGGAGACUUUGACGUUGGAAGAGGAAAAGAAGGAUUUCGACAGGAUAAAUUUGAUCCAAUCGUUGCUCAAUAAACUGGGAUAUUUGAGUGUGGUGCACGCAACGGUCACAGCAAAGAGCAAAGAUGUCGAAACGGUGCUGUCAAAUGUCCAGCUGGAGACCGAGAGGCUGUUCCAUAACUUCGCCAUCACUGAAGACUUCAUAAACGACAUGUACUUGUCGAUGUGUAAGAGGCAAGGUUUGGAGGUCGUUUUUCAUAAGGGGGAUUUUGACAACCAAUUGACGGUGAUUUACACCUGCAUUGAGAUGUUGAGAAACAUCGUUGAGUCGCAGGAUAAGAACAAAGGAUGAAGGAGAAGGAAAUAGACAAAGAACGGAUGAAAAUAUUAGAGAAGAAAAGUUAUGAGAUGGUUCUCUCAUCUCGAAACUUCUUUGUUACAUGUACGAAGAGCAGUUACGUUUGAAUUGUGAUUUCUGAUAGUGUAAUUUAUGGUUUUUUCACGUUUUUCUCUUUAUGUAAGGUAAAAAGUAAAGUAAAUUUGUUCUUUAUC